AUGGCCCUUCUCCUGUCGCCCGCUCCUUCCGAGCGCGACAGGAUCGAUGCCGAGUUGGGCGACGCCAUCCGCCAGAUGGAUCCAGAGACCAUCCAACUGUUCCUCGAUGACAUUCGAGGCGCCGGAAUUUACCCCCAGUGGGUUGACCAGCGCCUGGAUGUCAUCGUGGCGUUCCUCUUUAACCACUCGUUCUUGGAGGUUCGCGGCAAGUUUGCGGAGGCAGCCGCCGACCCCACGCACCCCGAUGUCGACUUUACCGACAUCCUCAACGUUCUCCAAGACGCCCACGAUCUCAGCGGCGUCUUGGGCAUAUACAUGUGCCACUGCCUUCUCCUCCUCCUGUCCUACUUUGGCAGGUUAGUCGACAUCGCCAGGCGUAACGGCGAGCACGACCGCGAGCCGCACUCGGAUGCGCUCCAGGUCGCCUGCGCCAAGGUUCCAGGUGGCAACUGGCUCGCCAAGGCCCUGUCGACCUUCCCCAAUGGCACUAUGGUAUCGAUUGUGUCGGCGUGCGAGACGGUGGUGAUUGGAUGCAGCGGCACUCUCGAGGGACCCAACGCCCUCCAAACACACCUUGUGGACUGCCAGCGCAGGACGCCCAAGAAGCAGCCGAUUGACAUCCGCUUCUUGGGCAACAAUGACGAAUUCAUCAAGGACGUCCUCGCGGUCCGCACCUGGGCAUACGACCACCUCCAAGGUGGUGGCAGGACGCUGCCGGCUCUGGCCCGAGCCUCCAAGUGGCAGUGUCUUCUGGGCCACACGUACUCGGGCAAAUUCAGCCAUGUCCAAUUGCUCAAGUAG